GAGGUCAAUUACACUCUAAACAGCUUGAAGCUACUGUGCCCGGUAUCGGUAAAUAGAAGCUAGAACUAAAUUAGAGUUUUAUUUACCGUUUUAUUAAAAAAUUCAGGUCAAAUGGGAAACGAUCCGCUCAUCGCUGAAAACGACCUCUGCCCACUCAAUUAAUAAAGCAAAACCCCACAGCCCGUCACAACAGCGCAUCCCAAACACGCAUCAAUAACAAUGGUUAUUAACUGGCUUAUUUUAUUGUUGUUCUAUCAUUUCCCAGGACAGACAUUUUUUAAAAUAUCGUAACAGGCAUCUCGCUACCUUGUGAGGGCGGGGCUUUCUCGUCUCGAUUCAGCAGCGAUCCAACCAGAUUGCUGUGAGAAUUUGGUUUCCCUCCGCUCCUCAGAAACUGCUGUAAUAUUCUACCUUGCAGUAAACGCAGGGGCCUCGCUUAAAUGCUAGACUUUUCCCCUUUAAAGAAGAAGAACCGGAACGGGCAGUACAGCAGAUUUUUAGCUGAAGGGCAGUGCUUUAUGAUGUGCUGAAAACAGAGAAGCCUUCAUCUCCUCGUCUCCCAUCUCCAUGCCUGGGCAGCUGCAGAGCCUGAAGCUGCGGAGCCCCUGCUGUCUGGUCUCGCCUCCUUGUUCAUAGAGCCCCCUCCCUCUUGCACCCCUCAGAAUGGAGGUUGUGGUGGCCAAGCUGCUGUGCCUGCUUGGCGUGUUUGUGCUCAUGAUGCUGGGCUCGCUGGUCCCAGUACGGAUGAUCCCAGUGGACUAUGAGAAAGUCCAGCGCUCCCGGAAGAUCCUGGCUCUGUGCAACUCCUUCGGAGGGGGUGUCUUCCUGGCCACCUGCUUCAACGCACUGCUUCCAGCCGUGCGAGAGAAGGUGGCGGAGGUGCUGAAGCUGUUGAGCGUGGAGACGGACUACCCCCUGGCAGAGACCAUGAUGAUGCUGGGCUUCUUCCUGACGGUGUUCGUAGAGCAGGCCGUGCUGACCUUCCGCAAAGAGAAGCCGUCCUUCAUAGACCUGGAGACCUUCAACGCGGGCGGCUCGGAGGCAGGCAGUGACUCGGAGUACGAUAGCCCCUUCAUCGCCAACUCCCACGGAGACCACCGCGGCCACGGCCACCUGCUCCCCUCCGAGCUGACCCACGCCGGACCGCUUCGCCUGGCCAGCCUGGUCUUUGCCCUGUCCGCCCACUCCGUCUUCGAGGGGCUGGCCCUGGGGCUGCAGGAGGAAGGGCCCAAGCUAUUCAGCCUCUUCCUGGGCGUGGCCAUCCAUGAGACCCUGGCGGCCGUGGCCCUAGGUGUCAGCAUAGCCAAAGCCGCUCUGCCCAUGAGGGACGCAGCCAAACUGGCCACCGUAGUCAGCCUGAUGAUCCCCCUCGGUGCUGCAGUGGGCAUGGGCAUCGAGAGCGCCCAGAACCUGGCGGGCAGCAUCGCCUCGGUGGUGCUGCAGGGCGUGGCGGCCGGCACCUUCAUCUUCGUGACGUUCCUUGAGAUCCUGGCCCACGAGCUGGAGGACAAGCAAGACCGGCUCCUCAAGGUGCUGUUCCUCAUCCUGGGCUACGCAGUGCUGGCCGGCCUGGUCUUUGUCCAGUGGUAAGGUGAAGCACCACUAUCUUUAUUUGUGGAACAAGAGACACCAGUACUGGGAAGGCUUUCCUUGAGACCCCGUGUCAGCUCAGGACAGUGAUCUCAGUGCUGUUUGCAAACCAUCCUGUACCAGGUGCGGCUGAUGGCAGUAAUCGAUCCCCUGCAGAGGAUGCAUAUCCCCCCUGAUAGUUGAGGCGUCAUAAAUGCACGUCACACUUAAGUUUCUAUAUUGCAACCCCAGGGGCUUAUGAAAUGCAUUCCAUAGUGUAGAGUGUACUAAACAUUUAAGAAGAACAUCCAGGCAGAUGGAACUUGUUAUGGACAUUCAUUAGCACAAAACACAUCUUGAAAGUAUUAUAGUGUAAGACUUUCAUACUCAAAUUAGAUUUUGUUGUGGGCCACCUUUAGGAACUGCAUGGCAAGUCUGCAGACUGUGUGUAUUAUCAUACCAUAGUUAGUUAUUGUCAUGAAAACUUGCAUGAACAAUAGGAUCAGCAAUCCACUAACACCUACAACAAACUAACACAGUCAACUGACUGUUAAAUCAUUUUAAAAAAAGGUAUGCUUGCAUGUAAACAAGCCAUUUUCAAAUGAUUUAACAGUCUGUUAAUACAUACCAAUUUGAAGUAUAAUUUAUUUUAAUGGAAUACAUGCUAUGGAUGUUGGUGUUAGGACAGUAGCCCCAUGGUGUUCCAGUACUCGCUCACUAUACAAUAGGUAUGGUGACCCACUUAGGUUAUUUUAUUUUUUUUGUCUUGUGAUUAAUUACGCAAGUGAAGGCGAUAUUUCUGACUACAAGCAGCUACACCUGGUAAGGGACUAUAAAUGGCGCACCGCACUCCUUCCCUGACACACAUACCAGAAUUUCGGAGGACAGCGUGUGCUCGUCAGCGCGAGGGUGGUAGCGGUGAGCUAUUUAAAGGUACGUUAUUUAAACAGUUGUAGCAACACGUGGGGACGGGGAAUGCUAGAUUUUUCGGAUCCCCACUACUUACCCUUUAAGACCCCACUUAAAUAUAUUAGGGGUCAAUUCUAUUCUCUUAAGACUUACAAUUCAAAAUGAAGCGGGGUCCUCUUCACAACUGAUGGGCACUGUUUAGGUCUGUCCUGUAUAGCAAGGGACGUUGUAACUGUGUAAUAUAGGAGGGUAUUAUAAGCCAGGAUUGUAGGAAACAAAACACACUAAACAAUCUGAAAUCUCUUAAAGAACAAAGGGUUUUUUUGUGUGUAAUAUGGGUUGUGUGUAGAUGGGGAUUAAUCAGAACUGUCACUUCAGACAGGUUUUUAUUAAUCGUUUUACUACAUCUGUUUUAAUGUACCUUCUGUAUUUAAUACAUGCAUGUUCUGUGCUUAUUUAUUUGAAGACAUUGGCACAUGGCUGCCUCCAUGAAGCAACUAAACAAUGUACAGCACACACAUCAAACUGAAAAUGCUAGCUGAUGGCUGUCAAAUGCUUUGCAUUCAAAGUUGCAAGGAACAGUUUCUUGAGUAUAAAGGGGCAAUAAGUGAAUCUGAAAUGUUUAUGGCCAAUGUGCAAAGAUUUUAUAUGCAGAACUACAUCGGAUUAUUUUGUUCCAAUAAUUAAGUUGUCAACUUGCUUACUUUUGAAAAUGACAAACGCUGGAGAAAUGAAACGUUGGAUUCAACGAUGCCAGAAGUCAGUUUCAUAUCUGCUGUAUUCAAGGUAUUUCUCCACUGGAUGUGGUUCUUCACCCUGUUUAUAUAGUUCUGUGCAGGGUUGGGGUCAGUUCCUUUUUAUCAAUUCCAAAUUCCAAUUCCUUUGAAGGAAUUGGAAUUGGAGUUGAUUAAAAGGGAAUGGAAUUGGAAUGGACCCCAGCCCUGGUUCUGUGUGUGCUGUGCAUUGUCCAGUUGUAAUUAUGGUGCAGGUUUUCUUACAGCAGCUGCUGUUUAGUUACCAAAUAACAAAACAAACAAAGUUAGCCUACAGGGAUUCUUCCAGUAAUGUGGUGUUCUGUUCCAUAAUUUAAACCAGCAAACAACAGGCAGCUUUCUACUAGAAUCCCUCCAGUAAACUGACAGUUAUGGUUUGUGCUAAGUUGUUGAUAGUAUAAGAAUCUAUUAAAUGGCUAUAUAGCAAUGCCAGUUUUUUUUUUUUUAGAAGAUCUUGCACAUGGUACUGUUUUGUGGGAUAGAUAAUAGAGGGGAUAAUUGUUGUACAUAUUUUUUUUAAUUGUAAUACAUGGGGUGGACCGAGUAAAAGAGAGAUGGCUUUUUUCUGCAAUGUGCACAAAUCUGCAACAGGGACAGCUUUCAAAUCCGACCCGUUUGUUUCUAUUCACAGCAGACAGACUGAGACUGAAACCGUUUCAACUGAGACUCCAUCAGUUAGGAUUGCAGGCUGGCAGAAAUCAGUUAAUGAUACUGUCAUUAUAGGAAGGUAGGAGAGGGGAUUUAAAAAUGGGAAUUAUGGGGAAUUGUAAAAGACCAGCUGGAGACUGGAUUAAAGUCUGCAGAUGGAAGCAGGCAGUGCCAGUUUGAUACUGGAACGAGAUGAGUUUUACAGACAGCUUUCAUGAGACUGGGUGAAUCUGAUCUACAGGUUUCACAGGCCCUGGUCAGGACUACCUUACCCAAGGUUACAUUAGAUUGUACAAGAUUACUGCUGAUCGGGGUCUGUGAAACCAACAGAAACUCUGAUAUCCACAUUGCUCUGCUUCUGUAGGGGAGACACUGUUCCCAUAGUUCAGCACGUCGUGUGUCUGUGAAAGUGCAGCGUUCUGCAGAGUUUAGUGAUGUCUCAGCCUGACUGCAGUCCAGACAGAUUCACUACAAAUGCUUUCCUGGAUCCACCCCAAUGUAUAUUAUUGUGACUGUGUAAAUUAUUUAUUUUUGAUUGUACUGAUAUUUAUUUGCCAGUGUGGUGCCAGUUACUGUAUUUUCCAUUGUAUUUAGUGUUGUUGUUUUAAGUGAUACUUUGUUCAUAACGUGUUUAGUUUUAAAUGGAUCUGUUUUCAUUCACAUUCAUAACUAGCAGCAGCUACUGUUGCAGUUGUUACUGCUGUCGGAGGUCACGGGAGCUUUUAACCCAGCGAGACGCUGGUGUGCACCUGAGCAAUAACUGCUGGACACCAAGAGAAAUCGUGUACUGUUGUUUUAAACCAGUCCAGCCUGUACAAGAGCUGUUUGUGAAAUGUUUCUGUAUGUCUAUGGGCAACAUUUGACACGUUUUUUGGAUAACCAGACCCUCCCAGACCCAUGGAUCUGAAAGCUGGCUUCUUGCUGAAAACAUCUCGCUGCAUCGUUUUAAAUCCACGGUAACUAAUGCAUAUUGUCAUUAAUCUGAGCAACACCUGAUGCAGGGCAAGGCGCUCUGAAGAUUGAUGACGUCUCGCGGAAUUAGAAAUGAUGAGACCUGGGCUCUCUAGAAAGGGGAAGAAAAAAAUGCAAUAGCCAAAUACUUUGCUGUUAUGUUACAAUAUUUUUGAAAUAGUCGGAAAUAACUAAUAAAAAAAACUGUUGGUCUUUUCA